AUGGAUCACCUGAAAGUUUGGGUUGAAUCGCAUUCUAGGUCGCGUGACGAAGGGGCUGCUUUAACGUCGUCCACUACCUCGAAUGGCUUUCGCCCGCCGUCGUUACGAACGAGCAGUACCUACGACAACGAUGAAACUUUCAACAAAGUGGCUCUCAAUCUUUUAUCAUGGCACGAAGGGCUCAAUUUAUCUGUUCAAGAAACGAUAAUGGCUAUUUUGCUUUCCCCAAGAGAAAGGUCUUCAUUUUUCGAAGGGAUGCAUAUCCGGUUGUCUAGGUCUGCACAUUUUUCUCCUUCGACGGCAUCCUUAGUUCAGACCAUUGAAAGUAAAUUCGGAACGGAAUUAAAGCAAAUAGUGGAGGAAGAGAGUGGGGAAAAAAAUUUGCAUCCAUUUUACAAUCGUCAGGAAAGCAGUGACAGUUUGCCGCCCACAACUCCUCGCCAUAUUAGAAGCAACUCUUCAGUCGACUUCUCAGAGCCGGUCUCAGCUACCGGAAGCAAACAUACAAGUAACCGUCGCCGUUUCUUUUCGGAGACAACACCGGGACCGGCGAGUUUUUUUCGCGCACCAAAGGUACGAAAUCUGGAUUGGAAGCUGGCCGAAACUAUUGAGCAGGUACAGUCGCUGCGUCUCGAUGGGACGUUCGGUUUGCAGUCUCGAUCAGGACGAGGAGAAUAUCAGCCCCCUAGUCCCCUGGCUCGGCUAUCAUUGUAA